AUGAAAGGUAAAUCUAAAGAUUAAUUAGCAGCAAAUAUGUAACCAAUCCUUCUAUAAUAGAGAACAUAUUAAUCAAAUGAAAUAGCAAAAUCAAACAUUGCAAGAAGAUUUAUAAUAAGAUUCGAAAAAUAAUGAUUUUGAAAAGAUGAAUUCAUUACAAGAAGAAUGUGCAUCAUAUGCUAAAAAAAUAGAAGUUGAAAGCAAAAAAUAAGUAAAUGAGAAUUUUAAUAAAAGCGAGACUUAGAACAGCUAAUUUAGAAUGCUGAAUAACAGUUGCAAGAUCACAGAAAAAAAAUGAGUAAUUCAGAUGGAAUAUAGCUGCCAAGUCUAAUAAAGAAAUAAAAAACAUUAGAAAGGUAAAAACUUAUUACAUAUUAGUUAGUUAGAAUAAAUUAAACUAAAACAUAAUGAAUCAUUAGCCGAAAUCAAUCAAUUAAUGGAGUAAAUAAAUACAGCAAGAAGGGAGAGAGUCAUUUACAGCAAUGUGUUUAAGAAACUGGAAAGUGAUAUUCGAGCAAAAGAGGAAGAAUUUAAAAAAUAAUUAUUGAUUAGAAAGUAAAUAGAACACGAAUUAAAUCAGUGUUAGGAAUAAUUUGAUAAGAUGAAAGAGUAAUUGAAUAUGUAAUUCUAUUUAGAUAGGCUAAUUAAGUUGUAGAAUCUAAUAAAUAGGAAUAUACAUAAAUAUUAAAAACCAAUAGAUUGGAUGAGACAGAGGAAUAAUCGCCAAAAAAUUAAUAAUAGCAAUAAUAAUAAUAAAUUAAGUAAGAGAGCAAAUCCUAAUAAAUAAAGGAAUCCUAAUAACCUAAAUAAUAGAUAUAAAUGCAGAAGGAUGUUGAAGAUGUAACUAAUUAUGAAUUGAUGUUUGAGAAAUUGAAAAAAGAAACAGGAUUAAAUUCCAUUGAAGAAAUUAUUCAUACAUUUAGGACAAUUGAAGAAACAAAUAAUGAGUUAUUCAAAAAGGCAAAUGUUUUAAGUGAUUAAAUUGAUUUUGAAGAAAAAUAAAUAGAAGAAUUAUAAAGAUAGAUCAAUUAAUACACUAAGAAUUAAUAGAAAGAAGAUAAUGAAUUUGAAGAUGAAAAAUUUAAAUUUGCUUAACAAUUAGAAAGAAGUGAGAAGUCAGAUAAAGAAAUUCAAUAGACUGAAAAUGAGAUCAAAGAAUAUGAGAGGGAAUUAUUAGAGUUAGCAAAUAAAUUAUAGAUUAAAUACGACCCAAAUUCAGAGAUCACUUUAAUGUAAUUAGUUGAAUAAAGAGCUUACGAAUUAGUUGACUUAUGCAGAUACUUUGAUAAUCAUAAUUAUACUAUUGAUUCAAAAAAGAAUGAUCAGGAAAGUACGGUUUCUAAUUAGGAUGAUUAAACUAUGAAAGAUUUAUUGGACGGAGUUGAGAAUGAAAAGGAGGCUGAGAAGAUUAUGAGUAAGGAUGAUUUUAAGAAAAUCGGGUCAUAAGAAUUAUAAUAGUUUUAGAAGAAGAAUAUAAGUAAGAAAAAGAGAGAAUGA